GUCAACGACCGAAUGGCUUACGUUCGAAUAAAAGGCCAUUUUACGAACAUCUCCGUCGUCUCUGUGUAUUCACCCACAUCAGUGGCUGAACAGAAAAACAAGGAGGAUGUCUACUCACAGCUGCAGGAGAUAGUUGAAAGACUCCCUCGCCGUGAUCUGCUAAUUGUGGCCGGGGACCGGAAUGGCCGGACUGGACCCGGUGGCCCGUCAAACAGCUACCUUCUUGGUCGCUUUGAGCUUGGCUUACGAACCGACAAUGAAUUCCGCCAUAGCUACAAGCAACCGACGGCCAUUUGCUCUGUCGACUUCAUCAUCACAUUCGAUUCCAUCCAUCGUGAGUUUCUAUGGCGAAUAACGGAACUGAAUGGAGUGUCGACCAAACUGAUUGCCAUGAUUGAGGCCUAUAAUCUGCAUAACACCGCACGAUAUCUGGUCCACAGCAAUCUUUUCCAAUCGUUCGAUAUCCGAUCUGGUGCCCGAGAGGGCGGCGUCCUUUCGUCCAUUCAGUUUUAA